AUGAGUGGAGAAAGAAAACAUCGCUCCUUGAAAAAUCUUUUGCGGAGUGGCUCGCCUUCUCUUUCGAAUUCGCAUAGCAGUCCGUCGGAGCAGCAAACGGUGGGUUCACACCGCUUUUUUUUAAGAAAACGAAACUCGAAGUCUUCGAUAACAUCCUCCAGCAACAGCUCAAUCAAUUCUAACAAUGACACCACUUUGCUGUCAAUUGCGCCAUCAGAGAGCGUCAGAACGUAUGAUUCCGUGCAUCUGCUGCCUCUGGUGUCGCAGCAAGACGAGAAGAAGACUAAACUGAAAAAGAAAGAUAAGAAGGAGAAACGUCGCGGUAUUAGAAGUAGCAGCAGUGGUCAUCUGUUGAAGCGGUUCUUCAAAGCUCUCAAUCCGACAGGAAUGGUGUCUAACUCGGCUACCACUCCUGUGCCGGUUCUCCCGUUGUCGAAAACUUCCAAUUUGGCAACGAAAUACGACUUGGGUAGACUUAUAGGAUCCGGAGCCAGUGGAUCGGUCAACUUGGUGAACGACAAGACCAACACAAAAAAGAUUUAUGCCGUUAAAAAGUUCAGAGCAAAGCUUAAGGGUGAAGCUGAGCACGAUUACAUUACUAAGGUAAAGAACGAGUUUCUUAUCGGUGACCAUUUGCUGCACCAGAACUUGAUUCACACUAUAGAAUUGAUCCAAGACCGUACUGGUGCUUUUGAUGGUCCGGAAUUCUACAUUGUUAUGGAGUACUGUCCUUACGACUUUUUCAAUGUAGUGAUGUCCGGCUUGAUGACUAAAGAGGAGAUUUACUGCUUCACAAAGCAGAUAAUCAAUGGAGUAUACCACUUGCACCAGGCCGGUGUUGCUCACAGGGAUUUGAAGUUGGACAACUGUGUUGUCGAUGCAAAUGGUGUUUUGAAGCUUAUCGACUUUGGAUCAGCUUUCCAGUUCAAGAAACACAUUGACAACACUAAGCCACAUAGUGAGCAAAUCCUUCUUGACGACGAACAUCGUCUUGUACUUGCCAAAGGAAUUGUGGGUUCUGAUCCUUACUUGUCACCAGAGGUUUUUGAAGGUAAUCUGUCCGGAGGUUAUGAUGCGAGAUUGGCAGAUGUGUGGUCCAUUGCAAUCAUUUUCUGUUGCAUGCUUCUCAAGAGAUUUCCGUGGAAAGUCCCACGCACUGCUGAUCCUUCUUACCGUGCUUUUGCAGGUUUGAACAACCUUGAUGAGCCCGUUAGUGACCAAGAAAUGGUAACCAAUGCUAUGGGCGACCUCAACACUAGAGACGCACCACCCAAGUACGGCCCUGAUCGCUUACUUCGAUUGUUGCCAAGUAGGUCUCGCCCCCUUAUUAGAGCUAUGCUCCAGAUUGAUACCUCAAAGCGGUAUUUUAUUGAAGAUGUGGUGAAUGAUCCGUUCUUCCAGUCGAUCGAGGUUUGCCAUUACAUUGAAGAGUCAGAAAUUCCCUCUGCAACUGCCAUUGCGGAAGCAAGAUCAGAGCCAGCCACCCAAGAGGCAAAUAAAGAAUCAGCUGCUAGGGAAGAGGCCAGUGCUGUACAAAAUGUUGAGUCCUCUCAUGAAAGCGUUGAUUCUCCUUCACAAAGAAAUGUUGAUGGUUCUGUUCUGAAAUCGCCCCUGCAAGAGUCUAACAAAGUAGUCCCUGCGAAUUCGGAUCAAAGUCAGUCAACUGCUGUCAGCUCAUCAGAGAAAGAAGCACAAGUAUCCGAGGAUGCGCCAUCUUCUUCAGUGAAAGAGUGGCCGCAGACUACAGAAAAUCUUGGGGUGCCCGCUGACAGUGUUGCAGUUCAUACUGUCGGCACCUUCGUUAAGGCGCUGAACCAUGUACACCAUUUGGUGACCGAAAGAGAACUUGAGAAACUCAAUGCCGAGAGAGAAGCAGCCAAACGCAUGCAGAAAAAUGGCAUGGCAUGA